AUGCUCCACCUCCUUUCACAUGUUGAGGUUCUGACUGCAGAUGUUCUCUUUGCAGUGUUCACAGCAUCUGUAACAGGAAACAUGAACAGCAUCAUACUCCUGUGUGUCUUCUCCACCUCUAUAUUUAUAAGUAAGUAAUAUGAAAAUAUUGCUUUUGAUAUUUUUUGCGUAUGGCACCAUAAUUAAGACAUAUUUUGUCCUAACACUACACAUUACAAUAUUAUUCUCUAUUGUUUGUAUCUCUCAGAUCUGAUUUCUGGAAUCAUAGUCACCCAGUUGCCACCUACAGUGACCACCAAUGAAGGGAUGAUGGGAUCAUUGUCCUGCAGUAGUGAUGCAGCAGCUGAUUAUAUGUUUUGGUACAUACAGAAACCUGGACAAACCAUCCAGUAUCUCUUCCAGGGUUAUACAAAACAAGAAGACCUUGAUAAAGAUAUGAAGGGUCGCUUCUUCUAUAAAACUGACAGCACAAACAAGCAGUUUCCUCUAAAUAUCACUGAACUGAGAGUAUCUGAUUCUGGGACAUAUUACUGUGCCAUGAGACCCACACUGGGUGAAGAACAUAAAGAGUAUGUACAAUAACAUCAUUGUCACCAAGUGUACAACAUCUGCAAUGCAAGACUUUACACCACAAGAUUACAUUGUUUUAUUCAGUCACUUUAUAGCUGAAUUUCCUGUGUAUGCACCAUUCCUAUCUAUGAAAUAUUACUGUUUAACCCCUUAAGGACACAUGCCGGAAAUAUUCCGUCAUGAUUCCCUUUUAUCUAGAAGUUGUGUCCUUAAAGGGUUAAGCAAUAUCCUCUCAAAGAUUAUAAGUGUGAACAUUGGAUUUAA